GUUCUCGCGGCGGCGUUAGUGUGAGAGCGAUGUCUGAGCUUGUUCAGGAUAAGGAAUCUUCCGUUUCGACGAGCAUUGCUUUAAAUGAAACCGCCGGUGAGACGCCGAGUGAGCUUAAUCAUUCCCGUACUUUCAUGGAUGGGCGAAGUGAACAAGAUCUUUUAUUUGGAAUCAAGAAGGAAGCUGAAGCUGGAAAGUUGCCUGCAAAUGUUGCAUCAUGAAUGGAAGAAUUGUAUUGGAACUACAAAAAUGCAGUAAAUGAAUCCUUUUAUCACACACUAGUUUGUACGAUUGUUGCUAUGCUUUGGAAUUCAUUUAGAUUAAAGAACAUCAGUCCAC